CACAAGCAAUUACAAUGAUGUACGAGCGUCGUGAAAGACAUUCACAACGAAGACAAGAGGCGCUCGUUUCCAUCCACGUCUCUUCAGAUCGAGGAAGUCAGUUUCACGGUCCCGGACUGAAAAAAAGAUCUCUGGUCCGUCCCGAUACGCGAAAUUGGCGGGCAGCAGAAUCGGUGGGCAUAAUCGAGGUGAGUCAGUGGAAGAAGGCGCAGACCUUAAACCGCUGUCGCCGGGUGAAAACUUAUGGAGCGAUUAUGGAGUUCUUUUCUCCGUGGGGAUUUGCCCUUGUCGUCUUUUUUUUUCCUCUCUUUUUCUUUUUUUCACGAGCCUCCGAGAAGCGAAGGUAGGCCGUCACACCUAGGUGAGGCGAAGCAUGGCUACCCUGUGUCGAACAAAAAGCCCCAAACGAAUCCCAAUAACAGCUGAGAUUAUCACAGAAAUUGUAGUAAAAUUGGCUACCUUCAAACGUGCAUAUUCUUCUAUAUCAAAAAUGUAUCAAAACUGUGAAAUUUGGACUACAAGUUCUGAAGAAGAUUGUGAUCAAACAUUUACAAUUGGUGUUAAAAAUUAAUCGUCGAAUUAAAAGAGUAUAAACUUCUGUUAAUUUAAGA